AUGGAGUGGGGACAGGUGGUCGCCCACGACUCGGUCAAGACAUUGCAAUACUUCGGCGGAAAUUUGGAUCCAUUUUGUUGCCCUCCUCCCGCUCCCCACCCGGAGUGUGGCUUAUAUAUACCCGCCCCGCCAGAUAUGACGUGUCUGACUAUCUCCCGAUCCACAGCUUGUAAUACCUGUCGAUUAGGCGCUCGGGACCAGAUGACAGCCACGCCAUCAUUUCUCGACCUAUCAAUGGUAUAUGGAUUUACCGAUGAGAGGGCCCACUCUAUCCGCACUUUUUCAGGAGGAAAACUUCAGACAAAUAAGUCACUGGUCGGCACAGUUAUCCUACCGGAAGCGGUUCUGCCACAGGACCUGGAUAUAUAUGAUUUGGUUAACACCUGUCACUUACAGGUGGACAGGUUGUGGCUCCCGUGCUUUAGAGCUGGGGAUGGCAUACGGACUAAUCAACAGCCACUCAUCGCAGCUAUGAUUACUGUAUUAGUCGUACGCCAUAACCAACACUGCGAUGGUUUGGCUAAAGUUAACCCACAUUGGGAUGACGAGACACUGUAUCAAGAAUCUAGGCAUUUAUUAAUCGCUGAAUACAAUUACAUAAACUUUAAGGAGUACUUGCCAUCAAUUUUGAACGAAAAACUAUACGAUUUCUUUGAUCUCAAUGUUAAGCCGUACGGAAAGUAUAGUAAAUAUAAUGCAAAAGUGAAUCCAAGUGUAAUACAAGAGUACGGAAUCGCAGCCUUUCGCUACAGUCACGCAAAUAUUAACAAUAAUUUCCCGAUUCUUGACAAAAAUGUAUUUAAGAUCUCGCAAAUGCAAUUGAAAUUCAACUUCAAUCAAAUGACUGAGUUAUGGGAUGGAAAUAAAAACGGGUUAAUCAAAGGCAUGUGUGAGGACAGGCAGAAAAAUACGGACUUAACAUACCUGAGCGAUAUCAGGAAUCAUCUAUUUCUGAGUCAACAGCGUUUUUCUGCCACAGAUCUGUUUGUCAAGGAUAUAUUCCGGGGUCGGGAUCACGGGCUGGCAUCUUAUGUUUAUUAUGUCCAAUACUGUACUGGCAUUCAUAUUAAAGGGUGGAAAGAUUUACACCAUUUAAUACCCAUUCAUAUUGUGAAACAAUUGAUGGAAAUAUACACAGAUAUUGAUUUAAUAAUCGGUGGUUUGGCGGAGACUUUGAUGGAUGGGUCAGUGGUUGGGCCUACAUUUGCCUGUAUUCUUGGCAUUCAGUUUUAUCAUCUCAAAUAUGGGGACAGAUCAGCUGGAUAA